CGGAUGUAGAGAGCAGCUUCCGGCGCAGACUGCCCGCACGUGUGUUUUGAAGGCUUCUGUUCGGUUCGCUCAGGAGCCACCAUGACGUCAUUGGCUCUCCAGCUGAAGAGGCUCGCGCUGCCUCAGAGCGACCCCAACCUGCUGACCCGUAAAGAGGUCGCCUCACUGCUCUUCGAUCCUAAAGAUGCCGCCACCAUGGACAGGAGCACCUUCUACGCCCUGGGCUGCACGGGGCUGGAGGAGCUGCUGGGAAUCGAGCCGGCGUUCCUGGAGUUCCAGGAAACUCUGUUCAGCCCUGCGUCGCUGACGCUGGAGCGCAGCGUCCAGUCCAAGGAGGUCAACGAGAAGCUGGAUGCAGGAAUCUCGCUGUUUCUAACGCGGCUCUGCCCCUAUUUUCUGCUGAAGCCGGCUCACAAAUGCAUCGAGUGGCUGAUUCAUCGCUUCCACGUCCAGCUCUAUAACCCGGACAGCCUGCUGGCCUGCGCGCUGCCGUACCACGACACCAACCUGUUCGUCCGCGUCGUCCAGCUGCUGAAGCUCAGAGACACCUCCAGCCGCUGGAACUGGCUGCGCUGCUUGCAGAAACCGGGCGUGCCGCUGUCCAGAGGGACUCUGAUCACACACUGCUACUCAGACCUGAGCUUCAUGGACUUCAUCUGCUCCAUGGUGACGCGCUCCAUCCAGGCUUACUCCGGACACACUGAGAGCUUCUCUCAGCUCAGAGUCAUCUUCUCCUUCUACGCCUCCACCAUCGUCCCCGCUCUGGACGCCGUGGACUCUGUGUCUGACUCCAUCGUCGCCAAACUGCUGCCAUAUGUCCAGAGGGGUCUGAAGUCGUCCCUGUCGGACUACAAAGCCGCCACCUACAUGAUGGUGUGCCAGCUGGCGGUGAAGGUGGUGAUGGAGGCCAGCCUGGUCGACAGCCUGACCGUGCAGAUCAGCAAGUCUCUGCUGAAAGAGCCGGUCCUGGCCAAGGAGGGUCUGGGCUGCCUGCUGGUGCUGCUCCAGAACCAGAAGGUGGAAUGUGUCGGUCCCAGAGCCGUCGGCAGUCUGAUCUCCAUGGCGACGCUGGUUCCAACGCUGCAGGUCAUGGCGGCCGGUCAUGAUGUCAGUCCUCUGCUGCGGUACCUGCUGCCUCACCUGGUCCAGCGUGUGUUCUACAGCAGCUCAGGUGAGAAAGGGACGGACGGCGUGAACGUGCUGGAGGCCGUCCUGAGCUCGGUCCCUCUGACCAAAGACCUGGACGGAACCGUGGCCCGGCUGCUCCUGGAUCAGUAUCUGAAGCAAACGGAGCUCGCCGCCGCCGACAUGUCGGCCCUGGAUCAGCGCCUGCUGCCUCUGCUUCGGCUGUUCGAGUCCAAGUACUGCCACGCGCUGGACGCCGUGCUCUCUGGUCAUGUGGUCGACAGCGACCCGCAGCAGAAGCGUCUCUUCCACCAGUUCCUGUCUCUGUUCGUCAGCAGCGGGAAAUUCCAGAUUCUAGACGACUCGGACACGUCGCUGCUCCUCAGCUUGAAGCACCCGCAGCCUUCGGUCCGAACGGCGGCUGUGGAUCAUUUGAUGAGCCUCAUCAGCUCAGAGCAGCAGACCUUGGACCAAACGUUCCUGAAGGACGCCGUCGCAGAGCGCCUCAGUGACGACGUCCCAGAAGUGGUCUCCGCCGCCCUCCGCGUCCUGCAGCUGCUGCUGGACGUCCUGGACCCGGAGGACGUGGUGUCAUGGCUGCUGUCGCUGCUCCACAGAGUCCGCCCGUCCGCUCAGCAGUGGAUGCCCGUGCUGACGGAGGCGGUGCGUUUGCUGUCCGACGGCCGGCUGGGAAACGGAGAUGCUGAGUUGAUGCAGAAAACAGGCUGGAAGCUCCUCCCCCUUCUGGUCAUCACCUCGGCUGAACUCGGACUGGCCGCCUCCAUCGCCCAAUCCGCCAUCUUCAGCCAGCACCCCCUCACUCUGGGCUGGGCUCAAGAACUGCAGGAUGUGAUGAAGAGGAGCUCUGAGCCUGACUUGGUGGGCCUGGCCAACCAGCGCCUGGUCUCCACGCUGACGAAGAACCUGACCAACAUGGAGCAUUUCUCCAAACGGGACGCUCUGGAGAAACUUCUGGUUCUGGUGGAGGAGCAGCGGAGCGCCGGGCUGAGAGGUAGGGCGCCCUUCCUGGUUCUGACCCGGACCCUGCUGCUCAGCCUGGGGGAGCUGAGCCAGACGCAGCACCUGCUGACGGCUCAGAAGGUCUACACGCUGCUGGAGCUCCACCUGCUGGACGUGAUGCAGAACGACGACGGCGAGGUGCGGCGUUUGUUUAAAGCUCUUUUCUCUGCUCUGAUGUGUCUCCUUGCAUCAGUGGUCCCCUCCUUGCUGUGCUGCGUUCGUUCUCCUGUUCGGGAGGUCCGUAGGGCCGCCCUCAGCGUCCUUCAGAGCCUAUCAGGAACCAGCAGCCUGCCCUUCCAGCCAAUCAUAGAGAGGCUGCAGAGAACCUCAGAGGAGAUCAUAGCUGACCCAUCAUAUCUGAGCACGGUUCUCUCUGUUCUUCAUGACGAGUCGUUAUCCAGCAAAGUCAAGUCGCAACAGAAGAAGCUGCAGGCGGCGCUGCAGCAGCUGCUGCGGAACAUUCAGGACCCCUGCUGCCCGUCGUACACCGCCGCCGCCCUGCUGAGGGCGCUCAGCCUCGUCAACGGAAAGUUCAUCCUCUCCGCUCUGCUUCCUGUCCUGGAACGCCUCCUGGAGCAAACCGGACCCGACACGCCUUCCCCGCUGCGCUCUGAGACCCAGCUGCUGCAGCUGGUGCUGGGGAAGUUUAACGAGGCGUCGGCGCCCCUGCUGGCCGAGGAGCAGAACUGCAUGGACCUGUUGGUCAGAGCUCUGCGGCUGGCCGGCUGUCAGAUCUGCGCCCUGGAACAGAUCACCAAGCCGUUCUUCUCGGCCCUCGGAGACGAGAAGGUGCAGCAGAAGCUGCUGUCGGUGAUGUUCGACCUGCUGGCGGAGGGUCGCAGCCCGCUGGUGGCCGGUACGGUCAGCAGCGUCUUCAAAGCGAUCGCCGUUGACGCUCAACUGGUGGCCAAUGAGCUCGCUCCUCCUGACAAACCAAAGGUCAGCGUCACGGUUCAGCAAACCCGCAGGAGCAGAAUGGUUCCCAGGAAGCCUCAGGAGAGCGACGCUUCGUGUCCAGAAGGGGGCGCUGUGCCGUGGCAGAGAGUCACACUGAUCCUGGAGCUGCUGCAACACAAGAAGAAGCUGAAGAGAGCCCAGGUGUUGGUGCCGGUUCUCUUCUCUUUGCUCUCCAGGAGUUUGGAGCCGUGUGCAGACGAUCAGACAAACAUGGAGUACACCAAGCAGCUGCUGCUCAGCUGUCUGCUAAACAUCUGCAACAAGCUGUCCCCUGAUGGCGGCCCCAUGGCUGCAGAGGUCCUGGAUGAGGAGAAGUUUAACGUGGAGCUGGUGGUUCAGGUGAUCCGGUUGUCAGACAUGCCUCAGACUCACCACCACGCCCUGCUGCUGCUGGCCGCCACCGCCUCCAUCUUCCCCGAUAAAGUCCUGCACAACAUCAUGCCCAUCUUCACCUUCAUGGGAGCCAACAUCCUGCGGCUGGACGACGCCUACAGCUUCAGAGUCAUAGAGAAGACCAUGGCGACGGUCGUCCCGGCGUUGGUCCAGGCCCACCGGCUCUCCGACGGAUCCUCCGCCCCUGCCAUGGUUGCCGUGGUAACGAAGAUCAUGCACGUGUUCGCCGACGCUCUGCCCCAUGUUCCUGAGCACCGGCGGCUGCCCGUCCUCGGACUGCUGGUGACCGCGCUGGGCCCCGCCCACUUCCUGUGGAUCCUCCAGCUGCUGCUGCUGAAGCUGCACGCCACGCAGAGCGGCGAAGCCGGCGACAAGGACGCGGCUCUGGAGCGCGACAUGGAGUUCUGGAUCUCCCUCAGCUGUCAGUUCGACGUGAAGCAGCAGCUCAGCUCCGUCAUCAACAUCCUGAACUUCCUGCUGCAGCUGCCAGACGAUAAAGAAGCUCCGCCGAGGCGGCCAGUGGGUCGGCGAGGAGUCGGGAGGAAGCAGGACGAACCAGAGAGGACGGAGGAGCUGAUCUUCAGCGUGGAAACUCACAGCAGCAAAGAGCUGCGGCACUUCAAGUUCCUCUGCGUGUCGUUCGUGGCUCAGCUGCUGGGCUCCAACACCUUCAUCCAGAAGGUCUCAGAGGAACCCGAUGACAGCGGCGAUGACAGCGGCGAUGACGGCGGCGAUGGCGGCGGCGCUUCCCUUCAGCAGCUGCAGCAGAGGGUUCUGGAGGAGAUCCUGCGCUACAUCCAGUCUGUGGCUCGAUGCGUGGAGGAGAACGCCGACCAACCCACCGCCAAGUUCUGGAGAGUUCUACUCAACAAGUCCUACGAAGUCCUGGACCGGGUGAACGCCUUGCUGCCCACAGACACCUUCAUCACGGUGAUGAAGGGGCUGAUGGGAAACCAGCUGCCGUCGGUGCGGAGGAAGGCCAUGGAGCUCCUCAACAACAAGCUGCAUCAGCGCCCGCAGUGGGAUGAUCAACAGGUGUCGGCACUCCUACAGAUGACCUCCGACCUCCUGGCCGUCGUUAGGAAGAGUCCUGGGAAGGAGUCUGAGGAGGCGGAGCAGGCCAUCAACAGGCAGACCGCGCUCUACAGCCUCAAGCUGCUCUGUCGCAAUUUUGGCUCCGCCCACCAGGAGGUGUUUGUUCCCGUGCUGCUGAUGGUAGUGGACAUCGUCACGACGACGAAGGAGGAGAAGAACGUUAUCGGCAGCGCUCUGCUUUGUAUCGCAGAGGUGGUCACUGAGCUCAAGGCGCUCGCCAUCCCUCAGUUACCAAGGUUGAUGCCAGCUGUGCUGCACGUGCUCAGUGACAGGAAGGAGCUGCUAACCAAUGAGAUCUACCAGCUCAGCGCCGUCACCGCGCUGCAGCGCGUCACAGAGACGCUGCCGCACUUCAUCAGCCCGUACCUGCAGGACAUCAUACUCCAGGUGUGCCGCCUGACUCGCCUCACAGAGACCGCCUCCUCUUCCUCCUCCUCAUCCUCGCCUUCCGCCCAGCUCUGCCUGCGUGUCUCAUCCCUGAGAAGCACACUGGCCACCAAGUUGCCCCCCAGGGUCCUGCUGCCGACCCUCUCUAGGUGUUACAGCUCUAUGGUGGAGGACAGGAAGGACCAGCUGGAGGCGCUGAUGAGCGUCCUGAAGGAACACAUCGCUCAGAUGGACAGCGAGCAGCUCGCCGUCCACCAAUCAGAGCUCACCACCUUCUUCCUGACGGCGCUGGACUUCCGGGCCGAGCGCUCACAGGGCGAUCUGCAGAGGGCGUGGCAGGUUGAGGGCGGAGUCAUCGAGUGUCUGAUCACCAUGGUGAUGAAGCUGUCCGAGGUCACGUUCAGGCCGCUCUUCUUCAAGCUCUUCGAUUGGACCAAAUCGGACAGGAAGGAGCGCCUGCUGACGUUUUACCGCCUCUGCGACCGCAUCGCCGAGCGGCUCAAAGGACUCUUCGUCCUGUUUGCAGGAAGCUUGGUGAAACCUCUGGCUGACGUGCUGAAACAGACCAACGGCUCCAGAACAGAUGAGCUCGUCUUUGACUCGGAGGAGAAGAACUGCCUGCUGCUUCAGCUGGUCCUUGACGUUCUGCAGAAGAUCUUCCUGUACGACACACAGAGGUUCCUGAGCAAAGAGCGAGCCGACGCCCUGCUGGGUCCGCUGGUGGACCAGCUGGAGAACGGGCUGGGCGGGCCGCAGACCUACCAGAACCGGGUCACCCAGCACCUGGUUCCCUGCGUGGGUCAGUUCUCCGUGGCGCUGGCUGACGACGCUCAGUGGAAAACCCUGAACUACCAGGUCCUGCUGAAGACGAGGCACAGCGACGCCAAGGUCCGCUUCUCCUCCCUCCUCCUGCUGAUGGAGCUGGCGUCCAAACUGAAAGAGAACUACGUGGUUCUGCUGCCUGAGACCAUCCCAUUCCUGGCAGAACUCAUGGAGGAUGAGUGUGAGGAAGUGGAGCAGCAGGUCCAGAAGGUGAUCCAGGAGAUGGAGAACAUCCUGGGAGAACCUCUGCAGAGCUACUUCUAGCAUCACGACCCACCUUUAGGACGUUCUGAGGAGGAACCAGAACAAAAUGCUCCGUUUUUACCUGAUCAAUAAAUGUUUUAAUUUCCUAACCUGAAA